AUGGCCCCAAUCCGAACCCCGCGUCUGAGGCUUCCGGCGAGAUCCAACCGAUCUCAGAAACUUCCGGAAAAGGCUGUCAACGCCCCAAAAGCUUCGGGUAUUCAAAAGAAAAGUCGCCGUGAGCCCAGUCCGCCACCACCUCCGCCCCGAUCAAGUUCACUUGGUAGAGCUGCUAGCAAUUGCAUCAAUCCCAAUGAGCCAGCUGAUCUCGCGCUAGACCCAGAGAUUGAGAGGUUGGAUGAGCAGUUCCACAAGGAAAACCCUGCGCGGCAGCCUGCUCAGCAUCCACCUGCGAAGACCACGAAUGAAUCUGCCGCAACCACCGGGACCAAAAUAGAAUCGCUGGCUGACUUCGUGACCAAGUUUGCCUGGGAAGCUGGGGCAUUCAAAGACAAAAUCAUACCGGUUGAGAUAAACGUUAAACUAUUGGACAAAGUCACCAUCGUUUCCAAGGAUGAAGACCAUAUAAACAUCAAGUUUGAUAAGGUCAGAACAUUGAAACCAGUCUUCAAAAACGAACGAGGUACCGUCACAGCCGCCAACACAUUCACCUUAAAUGAUGGGGCAAGUGCUGUCGUACUCAUAACGGCUGAAGAAUCUCGAUUGAGGGGAAUCAAAAAGCUGGCUAAAAUCAUCUCCUAUGCCGAGGCGGCCUGUGCGCCAAUCAACUUCCCUAUCGCCCCCACUCUUGGAAUCCCGAUGGCAUUAGACAAAGCAGGCUUGGAGUUCAAAGACAUGACGAAAAUCAAAAUCAAUGAUGCCUUUCCCGUCGCCGCCCUCGCCAGUAUGAAAAUCCUUGAAAUCAAAGCCGAAAAAGUCAAUGUCAACGGUGGAGCGCAUGGCGCGCAAACCACCGCAAACUCAGAUGUUGCUCCCAACAGAACGGAAAAAGACACUUUUCCCGUCGAAGCGCCGGCGGCCAAGCGAUCCCAAUACAGCCAAGUUUUGAUGGUGAGCACACAUCCCCAGCCCCUAUAUUAA